GUGUUUUUUCCUUUCCACACACUCUCUGCAAACACUUCAUAUUUAUCAAAUCACAAGAAGCUGAGACCUAAAAAGGGUUCCACCCGGUUUAUUAGAUAUUAGAACAAUGGGGAGAGGUAGGGUUCAAUUGAAAAGGAUAGAAAAUAAGAUCAACAGACAGGUUACUUUCUCCAAAAGGAGAGCUGGUUUGUUGAAGAAAGCUCAUGAGAUCUCUGUUCUCUGUGAUGCUGAAGUUGCUUUGAUUGUCUUCUCCCACAAGGGCAAACUUUUUGAGUACUCCACUGAUUCCUGGAACUAUAUGGGAGAAGAUUUAGACUUACUGAGCCUCAAAGAGCUGCAGAACUUGGAACAGCAGCUUGAUACUGCUAUAAACAUUCGAUCUAGAAAAAACCAACUCAUCUGCGAAUCUAUCUCUGAGCUUCAGAGAAAGGAGAAGGCGAUACAGGAGCAAAACGCCAUGCUAGCAAAGCGGAUCAAGGAGAGGGAGAAGACAGUGGUGCAGCAGUCGCAAUGGGGGCAGCAAGAAUAUGGCCUCAACACAUCAUCUUUUCUGCUGCCUCAGCCACCCCCGCCGCAUCCUUGUUUGAAUAUCGGUAGCACUUACCAGGAAGAGGCAACUGAAGUGAGGAGGAAUGAACUUGACCUUACCCUUGAACCUAUUUACCAUCUGGGAUACUUUGCUGCAUGAAAUUGGUACUAUAUGUAUGUAUGUAUAUAUGUAUGUAUAAAUGCGUGCAUGCAUAAAAAUGCUUUGUUUUAGCAGCUAAUUAUGAAGUUUUGGAUUGUGUGAAUAGGAACAGUGAUGGAUUUGCAUUAUCAUGGUAAAA